AGUUGACAACACUAUUUUCCUGUUUAACAUUUUUGUUUUGUUUACAAGCCAAUUUGUGAAAUUUUUCUUUCGUGUUGGUUUUAUUGGAUUUUUAAAUUUUAUUGUAAAAUAUAAACAUUAUUUGCUAAAAAUGUCUUCUGAAAGAUGUUUAACAACUAGUAGAGGUGUUGUGGUGUUUUCAAUCUAUGAUUAUUUAAAGGAAAUUGGAAUAAGACCGGCUUUAUGGGAUAAAGAUCAUGUUAAUCGAAUAAAUCGUUUUAUGGACUGGGAUGAUGUAGUUCGCUCAGUGGUGCCCUACUUUGAUGAAUUGCCUACUAAGGAAAAGCAAGAACUUAAUUUGGAAAUGAUUAAGUUAUGGAAAAAUAUCACAAAUUUAUUAAUGAGAACUAUAAAAAUUAAAAAUAGUGGUGAUCCCAAAUAUCGCCCCUAUCGAUAUGCUCAUCAUAUGGAAUUCUAUUUAAACAAUCGGGGCAUAUCGUUAGCUGAAGUAGGCACUCCAGAAGAAUUUCAAGAAAAUGAUGAGAUCGGGAGAAAACAUAGCGAAAAGAGAAAGAAAUUAAAAGCUAGAAAAGAAAAGAAAAUUCUAAAAAAUAUGGUUGAUCAGGUUGAACAGGAUAAUAGCAAUAAUAUUUUGCCCGAUGUCAGCAGCUAUGAUCCUAUGUUAUUUUGUGAAACUACAACUCGAGAUUUAAAUACAACUGAACAUGUGUAUGAUUAUCCUGUUUAUGAUUCCAAUAGCUUUGAGUCUGACUACGAAGAAGAAGAUCCCGAUCAAGAUUUUUACGAUUCCAUAAAACCUUUUUUAACUAAAUUAGACAGAGCACAAAUGUUGGAUUUUAAAAUAGAAUUUUUGCAAAUCUUAAAGAAAUAUCAAUCUCAAAAUGCUUAAAUCCUAUACAGCGAUUUUUUAUAUACUUACAAACCGUAUGGCAACAUUGCUUUUAUUUUUGCGCCAUUCUAUCAGCAUUUUCAGUUCUUGUUUUAUUCUGUUUUGUUUUAUUUCGAGUGAAAAGUUGUGCAUUUUGUGUUUUGUGAAUUUAAGUAUUUUUAUAUUUUUUCUUUAUUAAUAUAAUAAAUAAAAUAUUG